AGGAAGCCUACCUGGACCCGGCGUUAAGCGUGCUUAUAAUGUUGCAAUCAGGCCCGAAGCAAUCUUGCUCGUCAAUCGCCCAACCACAGACCAGUGGAAGAUAGAGAGAGAAACCAAUCGAUGGAGAAGUAUAGAGAACUGAGGGCCGCGGUGGAGACGGUGGCGGCGGUGGACGCGCACGCCCACAACCUGGUGGCGCUCGACUCCUCCUUCCCUUUUAUCCGAUGCUUCUCCGAGGCGGAGGGACACGCCCUCGCCUUCGCCCCCGACUCACUCUCCUUCAAGAGGAGCUUGAGGGAUAUUGCGGGACUUUACAAUUGCGAGGCAUCCUUGAAUGGAGUGGAAAACCACAGGAAGUUCGCUGGAUUGCAUUCAAUUAGUUCAAAAUGCUUUGAAGCGGCCAAUAUAUCUGCAGUCUUUAUUGAUGAUGGCAUUCAGUUUGACAAAAUGCAUGACUGGCAAUGGCACAAAUCUUUUGCUCCUGCAGUUGGCAGAAUAUUGAGAAUUGAACACUUGGCUGAAACAAUUCUUAAUGAUGAGAAGUUCAGCCAAUCAACAUGGUCUGUGGAUUCAUUUACUGAUAGUUUCCUGACAAAGAUGAAAUCAGUUGCUAAUGACAUUGUUGCCAUGAAAAGCAUAGCUGCUUACAGAAGUGGUUUACAAAUUGAUACAAAAGUUACUAAGAGAGCUGCUGAGGAAGGACUUCUUGAAGACUUAAACGCUGGCGGACCUGUUCGCAUCAAGAAUAAGAACUUUAUUGAUUAUUUAUUUACAUGUAGUUUGGAAGUUGCUGUAUCCUUUGACUUACCUAUGCAAAUUCAUACAGGUUUUGGAGAUAAGGACUUGGAUUUGAGGCUGGCCAACCCAUUGCAUCUACGUAAAGUUCUUGAGGAUAGGAGAUUUUCUAAAUCUCGGAUUGUUCUUCUACAUGCAUCUUAUCCAUUCUCAAAAGAAGCAUCAUAUCUAGCUUCAGUUUACUCCCAGGUCUACCUUGAUUUUGGACUGGCUGUGCCAAAGCUUAGUGUUCAAGGGAUGAUUUCUUCUGUCAAAGAACUUCUAGAGCUAGCACCUAUGAAGAAGGUGAUGUUCAGCACUGAUGGCUGUGCAUUCCCUGAAACUUUCUAUCUAGGUGCAAAGAAGGCACGUGAAGUUGUUUUUAGUGUUUUAUCAACUGCAUGUGAUGAUGGUGAUCUUACUAUUCUGGAGGCUGUGGAAGCUGUUUGGCGCAUCUUCAGACAAAACGCAUUGCAACUUUACAAGCUAAAUGGUAUUGUUUUAUCUAAUGAUCACUUGAGAGUCAUAUCUUUCAACAGCACCUCCAAGGUUGGUUCAUCAGAAGAGAAUUUAGUAUUUGUCCGAAUUAUCUGGGCUGAUGCUUCAGGCCAAUGCCGAUGUCGUGUUGUCCCAGCAAAGCGUUUUUAUGAAGUUGUUAAAGACAUAGGUGUGGGCUUGACUCAUGCAUCGAUGGGAAUGGCUUCAUUUUGUGAUGGUCCAGCAGAAGAGACCAAUCUAACUGGUGUGGGUGAGAUCAGACUGAUGCCAGAUUUAUCAACAAAAUAUAGGAUUCCAUGGUCAAGACAAGAGGAGAUGGUAUUGGCUGACAUGCACAUAAAGCCCGGUGAAGCUUGGGAAUAUUGUCCAAGGAAUGCCUUGCAAAGAGUCAUAAAAAUAUUGAAAGAUGAAUACGAUCUGGUUGUGAACGCAGGCUUUGAAAAUGAGUUUUAUCUCCUCAAAAAUGUUGUAAGAGAAGGGAAAGAACAGUGGGUCCCAUUUGAUAUGACCCCUUACUGUUCUACUUCAGGAUUUGAUGCUGCAUCUCCCAUUUUACAAGAAGUAAAAUCUGCUCUUGAAUCCAUGGAUAUUUCAGUUGAGCAGCUACAUGCAGAAUCUGGAAAGGGACAGUUUGAAGUAGCAUUGGGGCAUACACCUUCGAAUCUUGCAGCUGAUAAAUUGAUCUAUGCUCGUGAAGCUAUCAAGGCCAUUGCAAGAAAGCACAAAUUAUUAGCAACCUUUCUUCCAAAGUACUACUUGGAUGAUAUUGGCUCUGGAUGCCAUGUGCAUUUAAGUUUGUGGCAGAAUGGCAAGAAUGUUUUUAUGGGAUCCGAGGUACCACAAACUCAAUAUGGAAUGUCAAAAGUUGGGGAGCAGUUCAUGGCAGGAGUUUACUAUCAUCUUAGUUCAAUCUUAGCAUUUACAGCUCCACUUCCAAAUAGUUAUGACCGGAUUAAACCAGAUACAUGGAGUGGAGCAUAUCUUUGUUGGGGAAAAGAAAACAGAGAAGCUCCAUUGAGGACUGCAUGCCCCCCUGGUGUGCCUAAUGAGCUUGUAAGCAACUUUGAAAUUAAGUCCUUAGAUGGGUGUGCAAACCCGCACUUGGGCUUAGCUUCAAUAAUAGCUGCUGGGAUUGAUGGCCUUCGGAGAAGUCUUACCUUGCCUGAGCCUAUUGAAACAAAUCCUUCUUUUCAUGCUUCAAAACUUAGAAGGUUGCCAAAAGAAUUGGGUGAAUCUAUAGAAGCACUUUCUGGGGAUGAGAUUUUGAACGAAUUAGUUGGUGAAAAACUUGUAACUGCUGUUAUAGGCAUUCGCAAGGCAGAGGUUGACUACUACGGAAAGAAUAAAGAUGCGUACAAAGAACUCAUUCACCGAUACUAGUAAGCUAACAGUUUCUGGGUUGAAUAGCAGAGAAAAUAUCAUUUAUCUUUUGAAUCACUACAGUCCUGGCUCAGUGAAACAAGUCAAUGCCUGUGUUGUUUGAUCUGUUCAAGUUGCAUACCCGGUUAAAGUGUUGUCACUGUCAUUUGGCCCUGAAAUUUUAUAAUGGUCAUUGUGCGGUGGAGAGUGUUGAGAUUGUGAAUUUUCCAGACCAACUUUUUGUUUAUUGGAUGAGAAAAAUGAUCGUGAAUGAAAAUAAAUUCAUCUUGCAUCAUUUUUUU